AUGGCCUCGAAUAUCCGAGUCUUCGUCUCGUUCGGCGACAAAGCCGCCGUCUUUGCCGGCGAGGACAUCGAAUGCACCAUCACCUUCCGAAACAUCGCUCCCGCCCCGGGUUCGCACCGUACCACCUCUUCCCGUUCCAUAAACGGUAGCAUAGCAGAGCACCCUGAUGCCAAAAAUCCUUACAAUGAACGACGUAGUAAACAGCCACCCUUGUCUCUUGCUGCUGCUGAAAAGUCCUCUGGUUCGUCUUCGCGGAAACAAAGGCCUGGGAGCAUCUCCACCGCCAAUGCGAGGAAGCACCGACCGAGCUUGUCGCUUUCGACUCCGGCGAGUGCACGGCGGAUCGCUCAGGGUACUCCGUUAGGGUCGCCGGCAGCUAGUACGGUUCGUCCGAUGACGGCGACGACACAGGGUAGUGGUACCAUGGAGGCAGUGCUGGGUAGUGCUGGGCAUAAGCAUAAACGGUCGAUAUCGAUUAUGUCGAUUGGGUCCGAUACUGGUGGUGAUGUGCAGGCUAGGACUCCCGGCAGAAGGUCGACGCCACAUUCGAGGAGUACCAGUUUAAGUUACAAUCCGAAAAGGAGUCCGAUGGUUGGCGCUUUUGGAGCUGCGCCGCAGUCGGCUACUCUGCCUAGGAGACAUGAUAGAACUCAGACACCAACCCACCAUAUCGAAGAAUCUCUUACAUCCUUUUCCGUUACAUCUCCCCGCCGAAACCCGAGCCCCAGACAUAUGGCAAAUGGAUCAUUAAACCGGUCUUUCAAGUUCCCUCCUAGCUCAAAUAACGCGAAGACACCUCCACUACCUGCGAAGGACCCAUCAAAGCCAGGUGCUACGAAAGCGGACUCGCCGUACGCAUCCGAUCUCCUGCUCCCCGCCGUAGCCAACAUAGAACUCGUCAGUCCAGCCGAAGAGUCCAACAAUUCCACUUCAGAAUUCGAGCAUGUUCCACCUAGCAAGGUUAUUAACUCCCAAAUCAUGAGCGACGAUAACACACCUCGCUCCAGUAUUGAUUUCUACUCGUUACCGAAUAGCACCACGGAUACCUUAUUGUCGGAUUUCGAUACGCAGCUCAAUCAGCGAUUAUUAAUGCGCCAGGGCGGCCAUAGUCGGAGAUCUAGCUUGCUCUCUGGGAAUAGUACGGCCCGAGCGCCAGAGGUGCUGAUGAUGGGGUAUGCGCAAGUACAGGGCAGUUUCAUGCUGGAUGGGUCGCUGGUGCAGACAGGGUCAUUUGAAGAGGUUAAGCGGAAAGGGAUAGUAGGAGGGCAAAUGGGUGGUGGAGUGGUGGGAAUUGAGAGUAAGAAGAACCAAAGUGGGCUGUUUGGAGGUCUCGGCUGGGGAAAUCUUUCAAAUGGGUUUCAAAAUGGGAUCACAAGCGGCAUCACUAGUGGAAUUACAAGUGGGCUGGGGAGUUUGAUUACAGGAGGAAAUGUCAGCUCGAUCGCUGAGAUGAAGAACAUCGCAAGCUCGAGAUCAAUCCCGAUUCUUUCCACACCACAGUCGAUUCUAUUUGUCGACCUAAAGCUAGCGCCUGGCGAAAGCAAGUCUUAUACCUAUACUUUCACAUUACCCAAGCAGCUGCCGCCGACGCACAAGGGUAAGGCUAUUAAGGUGGUCUACAACAUUGUGAUCGGGACACAGAGACCUGGGAAGGGUGUCCAGCACCCAAAAGUGAUUGAAGUGCCCUUCCGGGUCUUUCCACACGUUACUGCCGGCGGUGGUCUCCACAUGUAUGAUCUUCUCAGCCCGAUUAUCUUACUCAAGGACGAGGCGAAAGUCAAGGCUAUCGAUGAGAACAAACCGAAUACGGCUUUAACGGCACCUCUAAAACCCAAGAAAUCUAACAAGCCUGAAUCUUCGCUUGAUGAGUUUCUUCAAUAUGCCGAAAAGUUGUUACAUACCGAGACUCAAACGAACGGUGCUUAUUCGCCCGGCGGUCAUACCGGCAUACUGUCUCCUUCAAUCACAAUAUCCCGUCGAAAUUCAUUCGCAAUCCCCGAACAACCUACAGCAAAGGAGGCGAUAGACUUCGCGGUUACAAAACUGCAAGGACAACAGGGGGCAUCACAGAUUUUUGGAAUCACGAGGAACGGGAAGCAAGUCGCAAACUUGUCGCUUGCACGGCCGGCAUAUAAACUUGGGGAGGCAAUAAUUGCAGUGAUCGACUUCUCGAAUGCCCAAAUUCCUUGUUACCACGUCAAUGCCACUCUCGAAACUCACGAAACAGUUACCCAAACCCUGGCUUUAAGAUCCAGCUCUUCGCUCUAUCGAGUAACCCGCAAAGUCCACGCCCAACACACCGAAACAUGUCUUUUCUCCAAACGCAUAACGUUUUCCCCGACAAUCCCCCAAUCAGGCACACCAGAAUUCUCAACCUCCGGUGUCUCAUUGAAGUGGAGUUUAAGGGUGGAAUUUAUCGCCGCACACAGUUUUAGUAAUUCAACACAUAGUAGACAACAUAGUACCGCCGGGGCACAAUCACCCGCGGCCCACGUCAACGAAAUGGGAGAAGUUAUACCGGCGACCCCCGGGCAACAGGAUGGGUAUUUCCCGUAUUAUGGGUAUAGAGAGGGUGUUUUGAUGGAGAGGACACAGAAAGAUGACAGGGGACAGUUGUUUGCAGCUGUGAGGGAUGUAUGGUGUGAUGGGUUUGAUUGUAGUAUUCCAGUGAAGGUUUAUGCUAACGAUGUUGGGGGUCCGGGAGGCGGUGGUGGUGGGGUACAUGGGGGGUUUGUGGUGUAA